AUGCUAUACAUGUACACCAGUUGUUUCCGGUGCGCUUGCGGUGGUAAAUUCAAGAAGUUGCGUGCAGUGAGCAACCCCGAGGUCGAAGGUUCCUUGAGCAAGUUUGCCUCUGCUGCGUUGCGCUUCUUAUCCGAAGGAGUGCACCCGAAGCUCGUUGCAGUCACUUUCGAGGUUUUUGAGUCAGAUGAGUUCGAGAUUGUUUUGGAGCUCCGCAGCGUUGCGGCAUCCCUGCGGUGUGAGGGUGCCUCUUCUUCUGCCGCGCAAGUCACGAGCGCUGUUGUCGAGUCAGGCUCGGACUGA